GUCUGGUGUUCCCCCAAUUUAGCUGCAAUAUGGAGGACCUCUUGCGGGCGCUCGUGGAGGCUAACCUGGGACAACAGCAUGCUGCCCAGGUCAUGGCUCAACAGGUCGGCCGGCUCACCGAGCUGCUCCAGGCUCGCGACGCAUCGGCCGUGCCACUCCCGGUUAGCAGGACAAAGGCUAAAGACGUCCUGACAAAGAUGACUGAGGCCGAUGACGUGGAGGCCUACCUCCACACCUUCGAGCGGGUGGCCGAGCGCGAGUUAUGGGACCCCCGGGAGAUGGCCGACACCCUCGCUCCCUUCCUCACCGGCAAGGCCCAACAAGCGUACCAAGACCUGGGGGCAGCAGAGGCCCAAGACUACCACAGGCUAAAAAGGGAGAUACUAGCCAGAGCCGGGGUAUCCCCCACAUCCGCCGGACAACAGGUCGCCACCUGGGCCUACCAACCGGGGGUCAACGCACGCAGCCAAAUGGCGUCACUUCGGAGGCUGGUUACCCGGUGGCUCCAACCCGAACGCCGGUCUGUGGAGCAGAUCCUCGACCGGGUCGCCAUGGAUCGGUUCCUCCGGGCGUUGCCAUAUGGGGCGAAGAAGCUGGCUGGGCAACAUGCUCUCCAGAGCCCGGAGGAGCUGGUGGAACUGGUGGAGCGGGUCGAAGCCACGCAGGAGAUGCUGAAGGCAGAAUCGACCGAGCGCCCCCUCUUCCGCCCCCAGGCUGGAGGUGGCCGGAAGCCGACCCCACCAGGCUCGACCCAGGCCCAGGUUCCAGGCGACCACGGCGGACAUGCGUGGACACCCCACUUCCCGUCUCAGUCUGGAAGGGGAGGGAAAAUGCCCACCCUGCUGCCCACCUCUGGAAAAUCGCCCUCGGAUGUGUCCAUGCCCACCGACCCGGCCCCCACACCAGCUCGCUUGCCCCAGGGACAGAGGUGCUUGGCUACGGAGCAAUUUGACGCCCUGUACCAGGCCGCCAGAAUUGUCCAGAAGGGGGGCAGAAGAGCCCGAAGGAAGGGAACCGGGUCAUGGCCCCGACAAGCCAAACCCCGUGUCCGUCCAUCAGGCCUACCCUAUGCCGCCUGGCUCGGGGAACGGGUUGGAGUAGGCGAGGCCGCAGAAGAAGCGGAUGGGGAAGGUGAGCUCUUACUUCCUGUAACUUUGUCCAAUCUCCCUCCCCAGGCACAACGUAAAGGACAGUUCGGCACCGCGCAGGUCCAGGAUGACCGGUUGCGCCACUGCUGGAGCCAGGUUCGGGUCCUUGAAGGGGUAAAGAGGGGAGAAGGACCCCUGGAAGCAAACUACUUUUCAGUGCAACAGGGUCUGUUGUACUACCACACCACGAGAAGGGGAGAAGUCCGGGAGCUGUUGGUCCUACCCCACCAGUACGUGGCCACCGUCCUACAGCUGGCCCACACACACAUCCUGGGAGCUCACCUGGGCAUGCAGAAGACCCUAGAGCGUGUGGCAGACCGCUUCCACUGGCCAGGAAUGCGCAGAGCGGUGGAGGAUUACUGCCGCAGUUGCGAGGUGUGCCAACGCACCUCCCCGGUAAGGCCACCACCCGCUCCUCUAAUCCCUCUCCCCAUCAUAGAGACCCCCUUCGAAAGGAUCGGCCUGGACCUGGUCGGACCCCUGCCAAAGUCAGCCCGGGGACACAACUACAUCCUGGUCAUCCUGGACUAUGCCACGCGCUAUCCAGAAGCCGUGCCGCUCCGUGUCGCCACCUCCAAGGCCAUUGCUCGCGAGCUGGUGCACCUCGUCAGCCGGGUCGGCAUACCAAAGGAAAUCCUUACGGACCAGGGCACUCCGUUUAUGUCCAAGGUAAUGGCAGACACAUGUCACCUGCUGCGAGUACAACAUCUCCGUACGUCGGUGUAUCACCCGCAAACGGAUGGGCUGGUCGAGCGGUUCAACCAGACGUUGAAGCGGAUGCUCCGGAAGAUAGUCGCUGCUGACGGCAAGGACUGGGACCAGGUCCUGCCGUAUGUGCUCUUUGCCAUUCGGGAGGUGCCCCAGGCUUCCACUGGCUUCUCCCCUUUUGAGCUGCUGUAUGGGCGGCGGCCGAGGGGACUCCUGGACCUCGCCAAAGAAGCCUGGGAGGAACAGCCAUCGCCGCACCCUUAUCCGACCUCACCCGAAAAGGGUCUCCGGAGAAACUGCUGUGGGGCCCUGAGCAGGAGAGGGCAUUCCAGGACCUGAAGGCCGCCCUGUGCUCGGACCCGGUCCUCCAUACCCCGGACUUCGACCGGCCCUUCCUGGUCCAAACGGAUGCGUCGGAGACGGGGGUGGGCGCGGUUCUGUCCCAGGUACACGGCGAUGAGGAGCACCCCGUGUUA